AUGGCUUUGACAAAGAAUAUCACAUUGAAGAGUUUGGAUGGCGAGGCAUUUGAGGUGGAGGAGGCAGUGGCGGUGAAGUCACAGAUGAUCAAGCACAUGAUCGAGGACAACUGUGCUGACAACAGAGUUCCUCUCCCCAAUGCUACUAACAAGAUUCUGGCAGAGGUUAUCAAGUAUUGCAAGAAGCAUGUUGAUGCCAAUUGCAUUGAUGAGAAGCCCAGUGAGGAUGAACUUACGGCUUGGGAAGCUGAUUUCGUCAAGGUAGAUUAG